UCAGCCGAACCGAGCCGAGCCGAGCCAGGGUGGCUAUCGCACCGGCCGGCAAGCCGAGCUGACGCGACGCGACGUCCCGCCAGCCGUCUGAUCUGAGCCUGAGCGUCGCGUCAGUGUUGUUCCAGUGUCGCAGCAGCGAGCUAGUGUGCGAAUCAUUCCGUCCCGCAAGGGUUCCGGCCCUUCGUGAGCAGCUGGUGCUGCCUUCGCGACGAGUGCUUCUUCAAUAGUGAAAGAGUGUGCCUCAUCAGCGUGAAUUUCACGGCGCGACGGCCACCCUUCUUGGACGCAGUGAGCUCUGGUGCACGAUCCACCGGCGUCAUGGAGAGAGGCCGCGGCAGAGGCCGAGGCGGACGCAGGCCCUGGGGCGGUGGCGGUCAUCGCGGCAAUCGUGGCCGAGGGUGGAGAGGACCCGAUGGAGGGCCUCAAGAUGGCCACCCCGGAAACGGUGACGCAGCGCCGGUGCAAGAGCGCAUGAGUCACGGCCAGCUCAGGGGCCUGGCCGAGGAGGACGGCGUCAGGAUCUUGCAGCGGCUGUCCAACCCGGACCUCCUGGGCCUCUUCACGGAGCUGACUGAGCAGAAGCAGCCGGACGCAGCCAGAAUGUGGCUGGUCGUCAAGGUGCUGGCCAAGCUGUGCUCGGUGGAGUACCAGCCGCUCGUCGUGCGCCUGUUCUGCAAAGUGUGCAAGAAGGACUUCCUGGACCAGCUGCUGCUGCACAUCGUGCAGCUCAGCGUGCUUUGCUCCGACGACGCGGCGCGGUUGGCGGCACUGGCCGACUUCUACCGCGACUUCUGCAGGCUGGCGCACGGCAUCGUGAAGCUGCUGCCAACCUUGGCCUGCGAGAAGCUGCAGAACAUGCUGCGCAUGGCGGCGCUGGAGCUGACCCAGCUGCCGCCCUUCGAGGGCAAGGAGGCCAUCGGCAAGGACCUGGACCUGGUCAAGGCCAAGCUGGCCGUGGAGAAGGACAGGCUGAGCGUGGCUGCCAGGCCCGAGAAGCGCCAGCCCGUGCGGCAGUUCCGCUUCGACGCGCUGGAGCCCCCGGACGACUACCGGCUGCUGUCGGCGUACCCCACGGCCGAGGACAUGGUGGACGACGCGCAGCCCUACCUGCGGCGCAUCAUCCCGCGCGGCCGCUACCGCGACGCCAGCCACUACCUGGACGUGCUGUUCCGCCUGCUGCGCGAGGACUUCGUGCAGCCGCUGCGCCAGGGCUGCGCCGAGUACUGCCAGAAGAAGCUGGAGGCCGGCAACGGCGGCAGGCCGCCCCGCGUCUCCAACAUCCGCGUCUACGAGAACGUGUGGUUCGACAAGCUGUUGACGGCCGACGAGAGCGUGGGCCUGGAGCUGGUGUUCGACCCCGACGGCAAGCUGACGCGCGUCAACUGGGAGUACACCAGGAGGCUCAUCAAGGGCGCGCUGCUGCUGCUGUCCCGGGACAUGACCUUCUCCAACGUCAUCCUGGCCUCCGUCAGCAAGCGGGACGUGAACCAGCUGGCCAACGGCAGGGUGGUGGUGGAGCUCUGCGACAGCCCCGUCAGCGAGGACCUCUUCGAGGGCACCUUCCUCAUGGUGGAGUGCGUCGUGUUCUUCGGCGCCUACUUGCACCCCUUGCGCGCCCUGCAGGCCCUGGACGAGGCGUCGCUGCCCCUGAAGGAGUACCUGGUGGACGCCAGCAACGCCCGCGUGCUGCCGGCCUACCUGCCGCAGGGCGCCAGCCUGACCCUGCCCACGCCCGGCGCCUCCAUCGUGCUGGGCGACGUGACGCAGCUGGAGGCGUGGCCGUCGGCGGAGAGCCUCGGCCUGGACGAGUCGCAGUACGUGGCGCUGCAGGGCGCCCUCACCAACAAGGUGAUGCUGGUGCAGGGACCGCCGGGGACAGGAAAGACUUUCCUUGGUCUGCAAGUGGCGCGGACGCUGCUUCUGAAUCAAUACCUCUGGAGAUCUUCCAUGCAGCCCCGACCGCUGUUGGUCCUCUGUUCUACGAACCACGCGUUGGACCAGUUCCUCAUGGGGCUGCUACCCUUUACCCAGAGUUUGGUCAGGGUGGGCAAUCCUUGCAGGGAGCCCUCAUUGGAACCGUUCGACAUUUUCCAUCUGCGUCGCAAGAAGAUCCAGGGCGCGUACGCCCUGUUCCAGAUGAUCGCCGCCCACAAGAAGAGGUUCGUCGACCUGAAGCAGGUCCACGACUGCGUCCGGACUUGCUACACGCUCCUGCGCCAAGACGGCGGCCUGGUCCACCCAGCGUCGCUGCACUCGUUCGGCAUCAUCACGGAAGCGGAGCGGGACUUCUUCCAGACUCUGCCCAUCGAAGUGUGGCUCUUGGGCCGCGCGGGUGUUCCUGUUGGCGAGUGCGGGCAGACAAUCUGGAACCCCAGUUCGCUGGACCUCACCUGCGUGGAGGGCGAGGACCUGGCGGCGCUUCGGAGGACUGUGACGUACGCCGUCUCCAGACAGGUGCUGGAGGAGGCAGUGGUGCAGUUGCUCGCGGAGGAGGAGAUGGCCCCCGUCGUUGCGCUGCGACGGUACUGGGACGCCAUCCGGGCGAGGCUGGCGGACCCCGAGACGCAGCCGCCGGACAUGCUAGUCCGCGCCCAAGACCUGGCCGAGAUGACGGCUGUGGAGCGCUGGCAGCAGUACAGGUUCUGGAGAAACGAAUUGCUGACUGAAUUUGGGAACCUGGCGGAAGAAAUCAGUGCUAGAUAUUUGGAUGCCGCUCAACAAGUGCAGGAAUGCAGAAUGGUGCAAGAUCAGACCAUCAUGGCAAACCAUUUGGUGAUCGGGAUGAGUACUUCCUACGCAGCCAUGAGACACCGUAUUCUGAAACAGCUCAAGCCGAGAAUUGUUAUUGUGGAAGAGGCUGCUGAAGUUCUUGAGGCUACUGUGUUGGCAUCGCUUGGUGUUGAUGUCGAACACCUGAUUAUGAUCGGGGACCACCAGCAGUUGCGCCCCACCACCUCUGUGCAGGAUUUGGCCAACAACUACCAUUUGAACGUCUCCAUGUUUGAGCGCCUAGUCAACAAUGAGGUUCACUGCGUAACACUCAACACGCAGCACCGAAUGCGACCCGAGGUUGCAAAACUUAUUUGCCCACACAUCUACCCUCAUCUACUCAACCACGAGUCCGUGAACUAUUUUCCUGAUGUUCGUGGCGUCACUAAGAACGUCUUUUUCCUUGACCACAAGCACCCUGAGGAAGAGCCAACAUACCUGAAGGACGCUCCCAGCUUCCAGAACCCUCACGAAGCGACCUUCAUUUCAGCACUAGUGCGCUACUUCCUGCUGCAAGGCUACGAGCCGUCCAAGAUCACUGUGCUCUGCACGUACAAGGGGCAACUGUACUAUCUCACCAAGCAGCUUCGCCCCGUGGAGUCGCACUUGCGCGAGAUUCGCAUCACGACGGUGGACGAGUACCAGGGCGAGGAGAACGACAUCGUGCUGCUGUCCCUGGUGCGCAGCAACCCGCGCAGCAACCUGGGUUACGUGGGCAUCGAGAACAGGGCCUGUGUGGCGCUGUCUCGGGCCAGGCAUGGUUUCUUCAUCGUCGGCAACAUGUCGACCCUCACGUCCAAGGAGUCGGUGUGGACCGCGGUGGACGCCGAGUUGCGUCGUCAGGCGGCGGUGGGUCCGAACCUGGUGCUGCGCUGCGAGGUGCACGGGCAGCUGACGGCCGUGGCCUCGGCCGAGGACUUCGAGCAGUGCCCCCAGGGCGGCUGCAUGCGGCGGUGCGACGUGGACCUGCGCUGCGGCCAUGUCUGUCCGCAAGUGUGCCACCCGGACGACCUGCAGCACGUCAAGUACAAGUGCCAGGAGAACUGCGUGAAAGUAGCGUGUGCUCGUGGCCACCCCUGCCGAGCGCGGUGCUACGAAGACUGCCCUCCCUGCGAGGUGCCCAAACAGGCCGUGUUGUCCUGCGGCCAUAUGGUCACCAUGCCCUGCCACACGGACCCCGAGGACCACAAGUGUCAGAUCGAGGUGGACCUGGUGUUGCCGGCGUGCGGACACAAGCAGCGCGGCAAGUGCUGGCAGAGACACGGCGUGGCCGCUCUGGCGUGCCGAGUGCCGUGCGAGUUCCGCGUCGACUGCGGCCACGCCUGCGAACGCAAGUGCCACGUCCUGGACGACCCUCAACACGAGCAGUACCAGUGCGGCAAGCCGUGCGAGGAGCGGCGCGAAGGCUGCCGCGCGGACCACAAGUGCCGGCGGCUGUGCCACGAGGACUGCGAGCCGUGCGACGUGGAGGUGCCCAAGGACCUGCCCUGCGGACACAGCCGCCGCCUGCCGUGCGUGGACGCGCCCCUGGCGGAGCACUGCACGCAGAAGUGCACCCGGACCAUGCGGUGCGGCCACCGCUGCGCCAACAAGUGCCGCCUGCCGUGCGGGCCCUGCAAGGUCAAGGUGGACAAGGAGCUGCCGCGGUGCGGCCACACUCAGCCCGUGCCCUGCAGCGUGGACGCGGCGCUGUUCGCGGACUGCGGCGAGCCCUGCCGGCGCUCCCUGCCGUGCGGCCACCCCUGCGGCCUGGCGUGCGGCGCGGCGUGUGCGGACGGCGAGUGCGCCCAGCUGGUGGUCUACCGCGGCGGCCUGCCCGCCUGCGGCCACCGCAUCAUGGUCCCCUGCGCGUCCAACCACGACCCGAGCAGCCCCGAACUGCUGGCCCUCUGCAACGAGCCUUGCACCAAGGUCCUGGAAUGUGAGCACCCAUGCGCUGGGACUUGCGGCAAAUGUCUUCAAGGACGUUUCCACGUGGCCUGCAAGAGCAAAUGUGAUCGGCCUCUCUUGUGUGGGCAUGUGUGUGAGGCGCCUUGCGCCGCGAGCUGCCCUCCUUGCGGCAAGCCGUGCCUCGUCAAGUGUCGCCACACCAAGUGCCAGAGGACUUGCGGCGAACGCUGCGCGCCAUGCAAGGAGCGCUGCGACAUGAAGUGCGCCCACAAGAAGUGCCCCAGCCUGUGCGGCGAGCCCUGCCCCGAAGGCCCCUGCAGCGAGCCGUGCCGGCGCGUGCUGAAGCGGUGUGGGCACGCGUGCGUGGGGCUGUGCGGCGAGUCGUGCGUGUGCCGCGAGUGCAGUGACAUUGAAGUCUUCUUCGGCACCGAGGACGAUGACGAUGCCAGGUUUGUGAUGCUGCCAGACUGCAAACACUUGUUUGAAGUGACCUCGCUCGACCGCUGGAUGCUCGGAACUGCUGAUGAAGAAAACGACAAAAAAGCCAUCACCAAAAAGGAGUGCCCGAGGUGCAAGGCGCCCGUCGCGACGAGUCUGCGCUACGGCAACGUGACGAAGCAGAACGCCGCGGACGUGGCUGCGAUCAAGGAGCGGCUCUUCGGCACUUGGACCACCAUCGAUCCCGUGGCGAAGGAGACGCGGAACUUGCUCAAGGAGAUCCCAGACCGCCCACCCGGUUUCCCCGCCCUGUGGGACCUGGUCCAGACAGUGGACCUGCACCUCGGCAAGGUGGAGAAGAGGGCGCGCGGCCGCAAGAAGGGCGCGCGGGCGGCGCCGCACUUGAGCCUGACGGGGAUCCAGAGCCUCCACCAGUACGUGUCCGCCCUGAGCAGCCUCUACAAGGUGGCCAACGAGGCGCGGCCUCGCCUCACGGAGUCCAAGAGGGCCGAGCUGGAGGCAGCCGUCGAGCUGCUCUGCCGGGAGAUCAAGCGCCGCGACCUCGUGCGACUCAGUGCCCAGGAGGGAAAGGACAUCAACGUGGAGCUGACUCGGUUCACCCGCCUGGCAGCGCUGUGCAAGGCGGAGUGCAGCGGGAUUUUGUCAUCCCAGGCCCAGACCUUCUUGAUCCGAGCUAUCCGUACCGUUGGACCCUACCACAUGGGUAGAGACGGUGAGGUACGAGAGGAGCUUGAAAAGUUUGGAAGGAUCGAAGAGGUUCUCUACGUGAAGGAAGCAGUUGGGCUGUCGAGCGGCCACUGGUACAAGUGCCCCAACGGCCACUUCUACGUGAUCGGGGACUGCGGCGGCGCCACAGAGUCGGUGUGCAACGAGUGCAAAGCCACCAUCGGCGGCACAAACCACAGACUCCGCAGCGACAAUGCCUUGGCAAGAGAGCUGGGGGCGACCGCUCCGGCCUGGCCACAGUGAUGGGUUCACUGGGAUUGUUUCUCUGCACAUCCCGUAUUAUUUAUUUCAGAGAUCAAGUGCAAUAAGCUGGCGUUUCUCUCCCAACAUGGCCUUGUUUAUUUUAGAGCGUGUUUUUAAACAUUUUGUAGUAGGUUUUAAUUUUA